ACGCCGUUGUUUUGUUGUUGGCGGUUUGUAGAGAUUCUCCAUCGUCCGAUCUUCCAUCAUUCCAUUUCCCGACAUUUUACCUUUCGAAUUUACGUUACGCUGAUUAAACUGAUCAACAGAUUAUAAUCACGAUGCCGAAAUCAAAGGCCUCUGCAUCUCCCGACCACAACUCCUCUGGAGCAGAGGAAGAAGAGGAGUACUCGGUAGAAAAGGUAUUGGACAAGAGGAUUGUUAAGGGUAAGGUUGAGUAUUUCCUGAAAUGGAAAGGUUACCCAGACAGUGAAAACACAUGGGAACCACAUGAGAACCUGGAUUGCCCAGACCUUAUUAAAGAAUUCGAGGACAACUUAAAGAAGAAGAAGGAAGAGAAGCCUUCGGUUUCCGGUCCAGCAAAGAAGAAAGCUAGACCAUCCACGUCCUCCACUCCAUCAAACAAGGAAAACAAAAGGGAAAGGAAAGAUGAUAAGGAUGAAGACGCGCCCAAACCCUCAAAACAAAAAAAGGUGGACACUGAGUCUGAAGCGCCAAAGGGAUUUUAUAAGAAGCUAGACCCAGAGAAGAUCAUAGGAGCAACGGAUUCGAGUGGAGAGCUCAUGUUUUUGAUUAAAUGGAAAGGGACUGAUGAGGCUGAUCUUGUGCCCGCCAAACAGGCUAACCUAAAGUGUCCGCAGAUUGUGAUACAGUUCUACGAGGAACGGCUCACUUGGCACACAUCUCCCUCUGACGAAAACAAGGACUCAUAAGUGUUCUUUUAUGUACCAUACGUUUUUAAAUCCUUAACUACUAGAGCUAUCGUUAAUUUUCCUAGUAUACACAAUUUAAAGCAGUACCAGUGUAUAUUACUGCAAGAAACUAUUUGUUUACAGUAUUUUGUAUUGUGUGUGUGACUCAAGUUCUUCAUAAACAGCUCUGAGAAAUUGUUCAAUAAACGGAUUUCAAAUUUUGUA